UACUCUUCGCAGAACAGAAACUCCGAUCAGACUCAAUGUUCUGAUACAAUCAAAGCAACCCCUUAUUAUCUAAUGACUAAUGUAUUAAACAAUAUUUUAAGAGCUGUUUGUAAAUAAUCAUUUGUGUAAAUAUGCACAUAAUGAACAGCCGCAGUGAAAUAAUAGUGCAUCACUUAUGUUGUCUUUCUUAACAACUCAUCGAAUUCAAAAGAAUUACAAAUACAUAAUAGCAUUGCUAUUGAUACUUUUAAAAUAUCCAAACAAAAAUAUGUUUAAUCCUGUACAAAUAAAACAUGAAUAUAUAAGUAUAGAAGAUGUCAAUGUUAAUAACAGAAUUAAUGUAUCAUUGGAUAACUCCUCGUAUCCAUUGUUCAAUGGUGCAGGUGUUGAGUACAAAUACAAUCAAUUACCACAAUUCUGGAGUCAUGCACAGCUGUCCAACGAGAUACAAUCGAAGACUGAAAUCCAUGGACAACAAAAUUUAUUUCAAAUGGAAGAAAAUGAUCCCGCAGCAUACAUGAAAGACUACAUGCAAAACGGUAUGAUGUUCCACACAAAUCAGGAAAUCAAUGCGAAUCAGAAUCAUACGACUCAACGAUAUCAUGUAAAUCCUAUUCGGAAACCCGAACAGCCACAGAUUUCCCAAGAAUCGCAACUACCGAAACAUGUAAAUCAAAUAAUAACUGUUUCCGAACCGGUGUCUUCGAUAAAAUCUAACCGUCCUGGAAGACCACCGAAAACCUCUUCCGAAUUGAGUGUAGGGAAAAAAUUUAAAUGCCAAUGUGAAAUAUGUUUCAAAGAAUUCGGACACAAAAGUAAUUUGUUCAUACACAUGAGGACUCAUAACGGAGAACGACCUUAUAAAUGCAGUCAAUGCGAGAAGUGUUUUACUCAUAGUGGGAAUUUGGCAAUCCAUAUGAGAACGCAUUCCGGUGAACGACCUUAUGGUUGUCAGAUAUGUGGGAAAAUGUUUAGUCACAGUGGAAAUUUAUCGACGCAUUUAAGAACUCAUUCGGGAGUCAAACCAUAUAAAUGUAGUAUUUGUGGUAAGGAAUUCAGGCACAGUGGAAAUUUAUCCAUACACGAAAGGAUACAUUCCGGAAUAAAGCCAUUUCAAUGUAAAGUUUGUGGAAAGGAUUUUUAUCACAGUGGAAAUUUAACAACUCAUAUGAAGAAACAUACCAUAGGUACUUAUGCUAGUGUUAAUCAGUGCGAGACUAAUGAAGAUUCGGCAAUGCCAACUACAGUAAACUUUAAUGAUGCUGCAUCCUUAAAUGCAUUUGCAAAUAACGUACCGUUAAAUUCAUCUACCAAUAUAAAAGUGAUAUCUAAUGCAAACAACAUUGUUCCUAUAAAACACGAAAGUAACGACGAAAGAUUAACGAACGGUGUUGAAAUAUUAACAUCAACUUAAGCAUGUAUGAAAUAUACAGAAUUAAUCAACGAUCGUAGUCAUAAGAAUGUCUACAAAUGUAUAAACAUAUAUUUUUGGAAUUACGUAUAAUUUCAUUGGCGAUAUUGCAGAAUAUGUGCAAUGUACAGGACACGUGCAAUUUCAGAUAACAUUUGUAAUGAAUUUUUUGUUAUAACAUGUAACUAUACAAUUGUAUACCAAGCAUAGUUUUCUAUUUCAGAUAUUUUAUUUACUCAAUUUGCUAAAACGUUUUAUGAUUAGUUUCCAUUUUAUUGCGAACUAUUUAUUAACAAAUAAUUACUUUAUUAUACAACUGCAUAUGCUUUAAAUAAAUUUGUAUAUAUCAAUGA